AUGUCGACUAGUGUUGAAAUAAAACCGGAGGUUCUUCGGUUAUAUCUCUUUUUUGAAGGAACAACGGAAAUCGACCGACUCUUUCCGUCUGAUCCUGAAUCAACGAAGAUCGAAGUGGAACCUUGGCCCGCUUUUCCAAGCCAAAGGGGGCCAGAAGUUUCUAAACCAGAGGAUGAAACACGAUUUAAGAAACCAUUAAAUCGACAGACUCCAGUAAAUGAAAAAACACCUCCGAAGACCAAAGAUAAAACAAAUGCAUUGCAUGAUGGUGACAUCGAUAGAGGUAAUCAAGUCGGUUCAAAAACUCCGCCUCGAGCACCAUCAACAAUACCUUCCAAAUCAGAUUCCUAUCUUGAAGGGUCAGAUGCAGGAGUGAUUACCAGAGAUAGAAUGCAAAACAUAAAAGGAGUGGCAUGGAAAAGACGCAUGGAAAGUAGAUAUCUUAAUUUAAGAGAAGAAGUAAAUGAAUUGAAAAGGUCUAAGAAUGAAAAUAAUAAUAAAAACGAGAAUAAUAAUAAAAACGAGAAUAAUGAAGAUAAGACGAAGAGUGUGAAGUUGAAGGAAACAAUCGUAAUUGAAAAUGGAGAACAGAUCACGACGAUUGAUGAUGUUGUAUUCACCAGUACGGAAUUUGUAACUAUUGCAAAGCAACCAACAAUGAAAAAAAGAGUCAGCUGCUUAGUGCCAGUAGUUUGGACUCGGGAAGUAAUUCAGAAAAAAUAUUUGGAUCCACCUAAAAAUAUGGAGGGUUAUGUACUUAUAACCGAUUCGGAUAAAUUAAAAUUUGAUCAGUUAUGUUACCAUUUUCAAAACCAUCGAAAAAUAAAUUAUGAUAACGGAGGAAAAGAUGAUCCGAAUUUUCAUUCCAAACCCUGGUUGGGCCGCCGAUGUACGGAAUUAAGAAAUGCAUGGAAUAAAAAAAAAAAGGUUCAUCAAGCACCUCGUGAUGAAUAA